GCGCCCAUGUACAUGCUGAGACCAACUGCGCUGCUCGGGGGCCUGGCUGCCCUAGGGCGAGCAUCUGGCUUGGGUGUCUGGGCCUACUUUGACGCCACAUUCGGGCACACGGACAUGUCGCAGAAUGUGAGGCUCAACCUGACAAGCAACAUGACGUUCGACAGUUUUAUCGAUUUGCACGGUCGCGAGUACGACAAGGGCUCCGAAGAGUACAUCAUGCGGGCAGAACUGUACAAGGCGCACGCAGAUGCCGUGAGGAGGCAGAACAGCGACCCCGCCCGGCUGUGGCAGGCGAAGAUCACCCACCUGGCGGACCGCACCAAGGAGGAGCUCGCCAGCCUGCGGGGCUACCGGCGAGGGGCAGGGCGGCGAGCGCCCGCUCGAGAGAUGACGGCCCCACGGGCCUGCCGCGGUCCUGGCUGCAGCCCUGGCGGUGUCUUCAACGCCGCCCGCGUGCUCAGCCUGCACCGCGCCGCCUCGGAGAUGCGCUGCCGAGAAGCUGAUCGGCUUCGGGCGUGCACGGCUUCGGAGAUGCUGCCCGUCGUCGGCACGGACAACGAGUACGCCAUCCUGAGAACCCGCUGGGCGCCACCUCACUAUCACCGAGACCGGUUGGAGCGGCCUCCGCGGCCGCGGUCGGCGGGCUGGCAGCGGUCUUGCAGGGAGACCGACGGGAGGACAGACUCACGACGCUGA